AUGGCAAAAAUGCAAGAGAACUUUUGCGAAUCGGACAUGCACAACGACAUGGAUCCACUUGGAAACACGAAUAUGACGGAGCGUUUGGAGAAGCAGAGUCAUGACGUCGCCAAGCAAUUCAACGAUCCGAAAAAGGAUGAGAUACCAAAGAAUAUGGAUCAGUGUGAUGCUGGGAUGUGUUCGUUGAAGAAUGGAAAUGGGCUGAUGGAGCAGAGAAGAGAGUCGGAUGUCAGGAAUAAAGAGAUCUAA